CCCCCCUGUCCGUGCGUCGGCUGCGCAGCUUCCUCAGCGGUUGCCGCCGCCGGAGACGGUUGGGAAAACCGUUGUGCGGAGCGCUUCCCUGAGGCAAAGGGUUUGUCCCGGCUCCACACCGGACCCCGCGAGCCCGGAGUCGGUGUUCCUACCGCCCGACAGGGUAUCUGAAGUAAAAAGGGGCAUUUAAAUCAAACGUUAUUGAGAUGGAUUGGGUUAUGAAACAUAAUGGUCCAAAUGACGCUAGUGAUGGGACAGUACGACUUCGCGGACUGCCAUUUGGUUGCAGCAAAGAGGAAAUAGUUCAGUUCUUUCAAGGGUUGGAAAUCGUGCCAAAUGGGAUAACAUUGACGAUGGACUACCAGGGGAGAAGCACAGGGGAGGCCUUCGUGCAGUUUGCUUCAAAGGAGAUAGCAGAAAAUGCUCUGGGGAAACACAAGGAAAGAAUAGGGCACAGGUAUAUUGAGAUCUUCAGAAGUAGCAGGAGUGAAAUUAAAGGAUUUUAUGAUCCACCAAGAAGACUGCUGGGACAGCGACCAGGACCAUAUGAUAGACCAAUAGGAGGAAGAGGGGGUUAUUAUGGAGCUGGGCGUGGAAGUAUGUAUGACAGAAUGCGACGAGGAGGUGAUGGAUAUGAUGGUGGCUAUGGAGGUUUUGAUGAGUAUGGUGGCUAUAAUAAUUAUGGCUAUGGAAAUGAAGGCUUUGAUGACAGAAUGAGAGAUGGACGAGGUAUGGGAGGGCAUGGCUAUGGUGGAGCUGGUGAUGCAAGUUCAGGUUUUCAUGGUGGUCAUUUUGUACAUAUGAGAGGAUUGCCUUUCCGUGCAACUGAAAAUGACAUUGCUAAUUUCUUCUCACCACUAAAUCCAAUACGAGUUCAUAUUGAUAUUGGAGCUGAUGGCAGAGCAACAGGAGAAGCAGAUGUAGAGUUUGUGACACAUGAAGAUGCAGUAGCUGCCAUGUCUAAGGAUAAAAAUAACAUGCAACAUAGAUACAUUGAACUCUUCUUGAAUUCUACCCCUGGAGGUGGCUCUGGAAUGGGAGGUUCUGGAAUGGGAGGCUAUGGCAGAGAUGGAAUGGAUAAUCAGGGAGGAUAUGGAUCUGUUAGCAGAAUGGGAGUGGGGAACAAUUACAGUGGAGGAUAUGGUACUCCUGAUGGCUUGGGUGGUUAUGGUCGUGGUGGUGGAGGCAGUGGAGGUUACUAUGGUCAAGGUGGCAUGAGUGGAGGUGGAUGGCGUGGGAUGUACUGAAAAAAAAACAACACACCACCAUACAAGUCUUAACAACACAGCAUCUGGUCUACUAGACUUUCUUACAGAUUUAAUUUCUUUUGUAUUUUAAGAACUUUAUAAUGACUGAAGGAAUGUGUUUUCAAAAUAUUAUUUGGUAAAGAAACAGAUUAUGAUGGGAAAAUCUGUUUUCUGUAGGUUUUAUUUGUUGCAUACUUUGACAAGAAUAAAUUUUUAUAUUCAAACCACUGAUGUUGACACUUUUUAUAGUUACUCCAAAAGAUGUGCUGUCUUCAUAAAUUUGGGUUAAUGUAUUUUACUGUUAGCUCUAUAAGUUGUACAGUGUAAUGUUAGAGGAAAUGGUGCACUUGUGAAUAAAUUACAAGCACUAAGCAGUAUCUGGCAUAGGGCUUUAAAAAUUAGUCAAACUUCUUUUAAUUUCUCCUAGACAACAUUGUAAAUAUAAAGUUUAAAGAUGAACUGGGUGGCUUCCAGAGUAAAAUUUCAGCUAAUACUAUAUUAUUUUUAGAAUAUCAUUUAUUAGACAAAGAAAGCUAUCUGAAUUUUAGUAUGGGUAGGGGUGCUACAAAUUUACUUGUAGCCUUAGACUUUAGAAUAAAAUCCCCUUUUCCACUGAAGUACCAAAAAAGUUUCCAGGAAGUAAGUUUUGUAGGUUAUCUUAAGAUGUCUUAGAAUAGCUGAAGGUUUUUCAUGA